AUGUUUUCCGAAGAGGCACUUGUCGUUGUCGAUGUACAAGACGGCAUCGCGAAUCUAGUUGAUGGAGUACCCGACGCCGAACAGAUCAAUAACGCCAUUGGCUCUGUCCUACAUCGUGCCCGCCAGCAUAAUGAUCAAGCAGAUCAGACUGGUUUGGCCAAGCCAAUCAAGAUCUUGUUCAUUCAGCACGACGACAAGGACCCCAGUGAUCCUCUUUGGCGAGGAAAGACGACUUGGGAACUUGUCUUUCCACCACGAAAAGGCAUCACUACCGAGAUGUUAGUAUCCAAGAAUGUUGGUGAGUGUUUAUACUGCUAUUCUUCGCUCUGUGUACUGACAACAUGUGCUGGCAAUAUGUUCACUUCGAACCCGGAUCUCACACACUCACUGCUAGCGGAGGGAAUUACGAGCUUGGUGUUUGUUGGCUUGCAAACCGACUUUUGCGUGCGAGCUUCAAUUCUGGGUGCAAUCGCUUCUGGCUUCCAAGCACAGAACAUCACACUACUACAAGGAGCCCAUUCCACCUACGAUCAGGAAUCGACAGGCAAGUCGUACAUGCAGGUGAAGGACGAUAUUGAAGGACAACUUGCAGCUCUUGGUGUAUGCUUGCGAGGAUGGCAGGAGUUCGGUAAAUGA